AUGCCCACUGGCUCGCAAGGAGGAAUCCUGGUCUCACAGUCACCGCCAUAUCUCAAGGUCACGGCAGGGGAAGACGUGGUUUUGCACUGCAACUUUACAUUCCAGGACAACGUAACAACUGCGUUCGUCGAAUGGAAACGGGAAGAGCACAAGCUUAUCGAUUGUCAGAUUGCACCCGUGACAGUCUGCCCUCAGCAGGGCGUGGAGAAUAAAAUCAAUUUCGCUGGCAAUUGGAGUGCUCAGGUUUCUACCUUACACAUCAGGAAUGUUCAGCUAAAAGACAAUGCUACUUAUUACUGUAACCUUCAAGUGGAGAAACCAACUCCAAUCAGACACGGGUGCGGAGAGGGAACGACCCUCAUUGUCACUGCACCAGAAGAAACAUCAGCUGACAGUAGUCGUAUCGUCUGUACGUCCCUUCCAGCGCUCUUGGCCACGGGGAUCCCCUUCUGUCUGUUGUGCAUGAUAUGUAUCCUGUGUAGAGGCAAAGGGCUGACGGGACUGAGACCAGAAUCACAGAGAAACAAACAAGGAGCUGGCCAUCGCUCCCAGUCAUCAGAGGACAAGCUCCACAGCUUGUUGCCAAACCAGGAGAAGGGAUUGGACACCAGACCGCCACUGCCAGUGGACCUCUCGAUGCCAAGUCAACUGGCAGCCGGAUCCAGGGAGGAAGCAACAUACUCGGAAAUCCGACUCUCUGAGUACUCUUUGUGCACGGGAAGUCCUUGAGGAAGGACACAGCAGUAUCCAACGGAGGUUCGCCCUUCUAUGCUAUCAGGGUCUGAUGCUCUCGGUGAAUGGUGUUCGGCACCCUGACUGGUUCAGGACUGGACCUGGGGGAUUCACAGUCACUACCGCCCUGCAAGGCCGAGCCACCUGCAGAUAUUCAACGUAGCCUCGCCGACUUUCUGACUGCUUUGCUGUUAAUAAAUCGCAUUGGAAUCACACCUGUGCCCUCCCUGUGGCUGCCAGAUCUUGCACA